CCGGCACAUACCGAAGCUCUGUCUUCUCGCAACAUCUCUCACAAAUCUACUUAUACUAGCCAUGGGCACGGAGAUUGACGUACUGACAGCCACUGCUGAGGAGCUCCAGCAUUUGCUCAGCUCAUCUGCCGACAUAACCAGCAAGCAUCUCGUCCAAAUAUAUCUCUCACAGAUCAAGCGCCACAAUGACUACCUCAAAGCGAUAAUCAGCACAGCUCCAGAAUCGCUCCUCUUGGAGAGAGCGGACAUGCUGGAUGAGGAAAGAAAGAAUGGCAAGCUUAGGAGCCCACUUCACGGGAUCCCCAUCCUCAUCAAAGACAACAUCGCGACCCACUUCAAGUCAACUGGCCUUGAUACAACGGCUGGAAGUUUAGCUCUAGCCAAUUCGAACCCGCGGAUCAAUGCGCCUAUUGUAGAUCGGGUAACUAACGUCAAUCUUUCGCCAAGAGGCAAAAACCUGAUUUGCGGAUGGAAUGCAGUUAGCGGACAAGCCCAAUCUCCGUAUGCAAAAGGAGGUAUUCGCUCGGAUGAUUCAUUUGCAGGUCAUAGCAACCCGGGAGGCUCUUCAUCCGGCUCUGCCAUUGCAGUCGCAGCUGGGUUUGCUCCAGUUAGCAUUGGCACUGAGACAUUUGGAUCGCUAAUGCUACCUGCUGGCCGAGCUGCCCUUUAUUCACUUAAACCUGGCCGCGCGCUCAUCUCCCUUAGCGGAAUAGUACCCAUUUCUAGCUUUUCUGACCAGCCAGGCCCUAUGACAAAGACUACCAAAGAUUUAGCUAUGCUGAUGGACAUCAUCACUGAUCCCAACAACAUUCCACCGGGCGGCUACGCCUCGCGGGUAACGGGCUCGUGGGAUGGUCUCAAGAUUGGCGCGGUAGACCCAGAAAUAUGGAAGUAUACUCCGGAUAUUCGAAAGAUCCUCGACGAAGGCAUGGAGAAGCAGUUGAUCGAUCAAGUUCGACAUGCAUAUGAAGUUAUCAAGGAACACGCAACAGUGUUCAAGGAUAACGUCUUAUUAAAUAUUGUUGACACAUUUUACGUUGAGGGCGAAGAGGUUUUGCUCAAAAUAUUCGAAAAGGGCUUUAAAGAGGAGUUUGAGAAUUAUAUCAAACUCCUUGAUACCCCUCAGAUUAAGACGUUGGGCGAGCUGAUUGCCUUCAACAAGGCGCAUGCCGAUAAAGAGCUUCCUCAUGGAUACGAUAACCAGGAUAUCCUUGAGCUCUGCGAAAAGACUAGUCUGACAUCCGAAGACUGCGCGUCUUAUAUUUCCCAUUUGACCAAAUUCGGCCGCGAUGAAGGCGUCGAUAAGAUCUUUGAAGAGCACAAUCUCAACAUCAUAAUGGGGCCCAUUGAGUCGCCAUUGUAUUAUUUUGCUGCAGCCUGCGGGUACCCUGUUGCUGCCAUGCCGCUCGACUAUCUUGACUAUAACGGACGGCCGCAUGGGCUUUGCGCAGUAGCCAAAGAAGAGGGCCUUCUAAUCCAACUUCAGAGUGCUUAUGAGAAAACCUUUCCGCCGCGGAAGCCGCCAACUUUGUGAGCUGAAAGCAAACGUCUUGGAACCUGAUCUAUUUCUGUAACGAAUUGACGUAUUGAGAAAUAUUGGCGAGCUAUGUACAGCGACUCUAAGCAAUUAUACAGCUUUUAACACGGUACAAUAAGAUGUUUGCU